CAUCUCUUAUAAUAUAUAUAUAAAUCAUACUGCACAUGGAUACAGUAAAAAAUACAGCCAAAAUUAACAAUGUAUUCGAAACUAAACUCUCACAACACUAGGUACACAUAACAGUGAACCAACUUUUCAAUAACAUUUAGGUUACGUUAACCACUAAAUACCUUUACUUCUGUAAACACCUAUAAAAACACAAUAAUUCUGUUAUUGGCUGACAAUAAUCACAACUCCGAACCUUUUUAGGAUUAUUAAGCAAAGUAUCAGUAAUAGUACAAAAGAAAUUAAUUAAAAAAUGAGAAUAGUUGAACUGAGAAAACAAAUGAAUAAGAUUAAGAUAAUAGAAAAUAAUAUACGACAUCACUUAAUCCCAUGUUUUUAUUGAAUUGUGAAAAACAGAGAACAAACAUGUUAUUACAAUAGCUUACUAAUUAAUAACAUGACUUCAGAAAAAUUCAAUUUAAUAAUCUUAAUGAGCAGAUCAUACAUUGAUUUUGUUAAUCUUUUAGCAAAAUGUACAAACUUGAAAAUUUAAAUCAGGGCUGAAUUUAGGAACUUUCCCAUCAUCACUUCACUAAACAAUUAAGGUUUAAUUAGAAAAACUUCAGUAAACUAAAAUAGUAUUACAUCACCUAACGUAAACAUUCUGAUUAAGUAAGGGGGAAGGACAAUCAAUCUACAGAAAUAUGAUAGCAAACAUUCGGCACUCAGUGUGAUCUAUACUCAUCAGCCACAUAGGAGUGAGACUUCGGAAGUAUUACCAAAAAGGUAUUUGAUUCUUAAACAAAGUUAUUCAUCUUGAGUUUAUUCACGACCAAACUGCAAUUGGUGCUAUUGGAUAACGAGUUAGUGGAAUGUGCCACCAAUCAUUUGUAUUGCUAGAGUUUUCAAUAAAUAUUUUAUUUCUCCUAUAUUUGUUAUUGCAUAACAAUUAAAAGGUAACACCUUCACUACCAUCAAGUUUGUUGGUUUCCUUUAAGAAACGUUUGCUGUUUUAUUAUUUGCGAAAUAUGUAAAGGCACUUUUGGAAUACUUGGAGGUUAAACUCUAAAACACAACUCCUGCCCAACUACCCACCAAAAGCUACUGUAAGUUUAUUACCUCGUUGUUAAAUUAAAAAUCAAAAUUUGAUGCCCACCUAAUUGCCUGUUCUCUCUGUGCUUUCCUAACUUCAGGUUUCAUGUUUCUUUUGGCCAUGAUAUCUGAAAGGGAUGCACCAACAAUAGCCCUCUGAAACUUCUGGGUCCUUCUAGUUCUUUUCUUACUCUGUUCUUCCUCCUGACCUUUCUUAUGCUUCCGUCUAUAAACAUAAAUAAAAUAUCAAAAUUUAAGGGUCAGAGAAAAAUGACGACAAAGUAUUCAAUGAUGCAUUUAGCAAUACCUGUAUAAAACGGUCCAAGUAACUUUACGAGGAUUUCUCCUCAUUAAAUGGGAAGCUUCACAUUUUGAGUUUAAAAAUGUAAAGGUCUGAAACACAACAUAUCAAGUUCAUCAAUUAAAACUUAUUUAAAGUAAAACAUCUAUAAUUUACAUUACUUUAAUUUACAACUAGAAUCAUUAAAAUACAAAUAUGGAUCCUAAGACAUUAAGAUGAACCCAAAUGAUAAAUAACAUAACUGUUUAAUAACAAAAAAAAAAAAUACUAAGAAAUUAGAUGUAAACAAACAAAUUCAGGACUAAAAGACAAAAUGAAAUAAAUCAACAAAUAAUAUAAUCUAAAGUUUAAUUACAACAUUAAUAGGUUACCUUCCCAUCAGCUUUGACCAUGGUCUUCCCAUGUCCAGGGUAAAUUUUGUACCCACUGUACGCACACAAACCGAUCCUAAAAAAUAAAGCAUUAUAUUAAACAUCAUAUUUAUCGAAAAUUUAACUCAUACACAGCAGGAUUGAUAUUAUAAAAACAGAUAAAACCAAACUCACUUCAUGGUGACUGUUAACCUAAACGGACGAAGAGCUGUGUUCAAGGAACCACCGUGCUAGAAGUUAGACCAUAAGCCUUCAUAAUUCCUAUAAUAUAAUUUAGGUAGCUUGUAUACUUUCUGAAAUUGAUGUAAAUUUAAAUAUAAAACGACAAAAAUGUAAAAAUAUUUCUUAUUUUUUUGUUUUAAUGAAUUAACUAUAAUUUCUUUAAUUUUAAUCAAAAAAUAUCUAUGAAGAAUGAAAUCUUGAAAUAUCUGGCACAAGGAAACAUAUUAUUUAAUUACAUAAAAAGUUAUGAAGUUAUUAAAAUAAAUUUUAUGAAUAUUCUAUCUUUAUUUGAUUAUGUUAUUAGGUUAUUAUUUUCAUUUAAGUUUUUUAAUUUACGACAGAGGUACAAGAACAGCCUGUUUAGGGCGGGAAUCUUCAAAAGACGGAAUCGAUAAUUUUGUUGAUAUAGUCCAUCUCCAAGACAAUCAUAAUUAAGCUUGAAUAAAUUAUUUCUUUUUACUUUCCAAAGUAAUUAUUCCUCUCUAUUUUUACCCAUUGACCAAAAAUUUAUUCAAUUCAAUGAAAAGUUAUUUAACUCCAACUUUGCAUCGUUUAUUUAUAGUUACCACUUCCACUUUUUUACUUGGUCUAUAAUUUCCGUUCGUUUGGGUUGUAAAAUGAUGUCAUCUGUGAAUGAAACUUUUGAAGACAAUUUAUAUGAAGGGUACAAUGACUAUCAUUCUGCAUUUAACACCAAAAACAUUGACCAAGAUGUUUUUCUUCAAGAAGCUCUCCUCAAGUCUUCUUAUGGAAGGCGAACCAGAGUUCCAACUGGAUUCAAAACACCAGGAACAGGGAUGAGACUUGGUACAUCUAGUGGGUUCAAGGAAGUAACUGGAAUGCCAGUCAGACCUGUUACUGGUAGGACAGAUACUGCCCAGAGACCGAUGACAGCUGUUAGUGGUGCUGGAUAUACAUCGCAAAGAAGAGGACCUUCUGGUUUUAUUGUUGGAGCGAUGACAUCAUCAAUGAGCAGAUCUGAAUUACAAGAAGAAAGGUGCUUCAUUCUAUAACAAUGAAAAAAAAUCAAUGGCUGAAGACAAAAUUAAACGACAGGAAAAAAACAUUAUGUCUUUGGUUGAUGAAUCUUGUAUAGCUGCUUCAAAAAAAAAUUUUCCCUUAGCUCUUGAAAAAGCGAAAGAAGCCUCUGGGAAAGAAAGAAAUUUGAUACGUUUACAAGAACAAGCUGGGCUCGGGGAUACGCAUAACAUUGAUCUCACAUACCUGGUUCUUUUCAAUUUAGCUAGCCAAUAUGAGAAUAAUGAAAUGAGUAACGAAGCAUUAAAUAGUUAUUCUGUAAUAAUAAGAAACAGAAUGUUUCAGAAUUCAAAUCAACUCAAAAUUAAUAUGGGUAAUAUUUAUGCUAAAGCUGGACAAAUUCCUAAAGCAAUAAAGAUGUACAGAAUGGCUCUCGACCAGGUUCCUAACACUUUUAAAGAUCUUAGAGUUAAAAUAAUGCAUAAUAUUGGAUUACUCUUUGUAAGACUUGGACAGUAUAAUGACGCCUGCAGUAGUUUUGAAUAUAUUAUGCAAGAAAGACCUAAUUUUAAAGCUGGAUUGUUUGCUUUGCUUUGCCAUUAUGCCAUGGGUGACAAAGAUAAGAUGAAGCAUAGUUUUAAAAACCUCCUCGAUAGUCGAUUAGAUAUUGAUGAAGACAGAUAUCAGAUAACGGACUCAAAUGAAAGCAGUAAGCUAGUUAUGGAACUGAUAAGAGAUGAUAAACUCAGUCGUCUUGAAAAAAAAUUAAAGACUUAUGCUCACUCAGCUAUUCUCACUGCUGCAAAACUUAUUUCUCCAGUUAUUGAUGUCAAUUAUAAUCUAGGUUACAACUGGUGCUUGGAAGCCGUUAACAACUCUUUUCAUGCAUCAUUAGCUGGUGAAUUAGAAGUAAAUAAAGCUUUAGCAGCGUUGAAACAGGGUUCGGUCAAUGAGGCUAUUGAUUCCCUUAAAGCUCUUCAGAAGAGAGGAGAUUUGAGGCUGGCAACUACGGCUGCUACAGAUUUAUCUUUCAUACAUUAUUUACAAGGAAACCUUGAUGAAGCUGAAAAAUAUGGGGAAUUAGCUAAAGAAGCAGAUAGUUACAAUUCAGGAGCUUAUGUCAAUUUAGGAAAUGCUGCAUUAUCAAGAGGAGAUCCAGAGAAAGCAAAACAUCUUUAUCUUAUUGCUCUUGACAAUGAUCCAUCUUCUAUUGAUGCUCUAUACAAUCUAGGAUUAUUACAUAAACAACAAGGUGAAUAUGAAGAUGCUUUGGACUAUUUCUUGAAACUUCAUUCUAUUCUCAGUUCCCAUCCUCCAGUUCUUUAUCAACUUGCUCACCUCCAUCAGUUAGUUGGAGAUCUUGACCAAGCGAUUGAAUGGUUUUUACAGCUAUUGAGCAUAGUACCAUCCGAUCCUAGUAUUUUACAAAAAUUGGGUGAAAUUUAUGAUAGCGAUAAUGAUAAACAACAAGCUUAUCACUAUCAUUAUGAGGCUUAUAGAUACCUUCCUUCUGAGCUGUCAGUCUUAGAUUGGCUAGGUUCUUAUUAUAUUUCUCAUCGUGUACCAGAAAAAGCUAUUCAAUUUUAUGAAAAAGCUGCUCUGAUGCAACCGAAUGAAACAAAAUGGCCUCUUCUUAUCGGAUCUUGCCAUCGUAGAGCAGGAAAUUAUCAGGCGGCUCUGAAUACUUACAAGGAAACACUUGCAAAAUUUCCUGGUGACAUAGAAUGUUUAAAAUUUCUUGUAAAAUUAUGCAGUGAUUUGGGUUUGAAAGAAACAAACGAGUAUGCACUUGAAUUGAAAAGAGCUGAAAAAACAAAAGAAGUAAGAGAAAGGAUCAGCAGCAGUCGUUCGGGUUCUCGGAGAAGCAGCGGUAGAUCAUCAAGUGGAAGAGGCGGUCCAAGCCCUGGACAAAUGGAAUCCCCCCUGCCUUCAGCCGGAGGAAGAUCUCAUGUUACAAUUGAAGCUGGAUAUUCGGAUCCAUUAGGCCCAUUGCAAGAAAGGCCGAGGACAGGAAUGGCUGCUCCAAAAACACCAUGGGCUAUUGAUGAAGACUUUGCAGAUGAAGAAAUAACUACAGAUCUCCUUCCUGAAUAAUUUAAAUAUACUCUAAGAAGAGUGUUGUUUUUUUUUAUUUGGGAAUGUAUAUAACAAAUAAAAUAUUCUCUUUUAUCAUGGACUGACACAAAAAAUAUCUUUUGAUUUUUUCCUAAUUAUCUUUACCAUUAAAGUCUACUAGUUUUACAUUAUAUAUAUGUGUAUCUUUAUCUAUUAACUGACUUUAAGCCAUGUUGAGCUUGUUUUGUUUUGUUUUUUUUUGGAUCUAAUUUUAUUUAUUGGUAUUUAUAAAUAUAAAUUUCCUUCUAUUCAUUAUCCUCUUAACCUACUCUCAUCCUUAUACAAAUACUACCUAAAACAUUAAAUUUUUUGCAAUGUUUGACAUAUUUAUUAAUAUUUAAUUUUUUACUAAAGUUUAAUUGAAUAUUUGAUAAAAUUUUAUUAAUAAGAAAUUUAUCUCAGAAUAUACAAAAUGAGCUUGCAUAAAUUUAU